CUCUCUCUCUCUCCGAUUCCAGCGGAGAGUGUUUUUCUUUCAGAGAAUUGAUAGGAAAAAAUCAGGAAACAGGACCUUGGAGAUUCUUUCUUGAUCCGUAGAGAUCUCAGCCAUUUCUCUUCUUUCCCUCCAAAAGGGAUUUCGUUGUUUCUUCAUUUCAGAUCAGAAAAUGGCGAAUUUGGUUGUUUUCUUCUUAGCAUUUUCUUGUCUGCUUGGAUUUCUUCACGCCAGCGCCGGCGACGCUAAUCCUCAUUACAAGACUUGUGUUCAACAAUGCGAACGGACUGGAUGUGUUGGUGAUAGUUGUUUUCAUCAUUGCAAAUCUCCAUCCAAUGGUGUUCCUGUCGAUGGUCCAUGGUAUAUGCAAGAACCCCUUUACCUGCGCUGGAAACAGUGGGACUGCGGGAACAACUGCCGAUAUCAUUGCAUGCUGGAAAGAGAGAAAGAAAGAGAAACACUUGGCAUUGAGCCUGUGAAGUAUCAUGGGAAAUGGCCCUUCAAACGCAUCUUUGGUAUCCAGGAGCCUGUUUCUGUGGCACUCUCCGCUUUCAACCUUGCGAUGCAAUUCCAUGGGUGGAUGUCCUUCUUUGUCCUUCUUUAUUAUAAGUUGCCUCUGAGACCUCAGAAUAGGAAGACAUACUAUGAAUAUACUGGUUUGUGGCAUAUCUAUGGGCUCUUAGCAAUGAAUUCCUGGUUCUGGAGUGCUGUUUUCCACAGUCGAGAUGUCGAUUUGACAGAGAAGUUAGAUUACUCAUCAGCUGUGGCUUUACUCGGCUACACCCUUAUUAUUACCGUCCUACGAACCUUUAAUGUGAGGGAUGAGGCUGUAAGAGUUACUGUCGCUGCCCCACUGAUAGCAUUUGUAACGACGCACAUCUUAUAUCUCAACAUCUACAAACUCGACUAUGGGUUCAACAUGAAAGUGUGCGUUAUCAUGGGCCUUGCACAACUUCUCUUGUGGGCUUUUUGGGCGGCUCUAACCGGCCAUCCUUCGCGCUUUAAGCUGUGGGCAGUUGUCUUCGGAGGUGGCCUUGCCAUGCUUCUGGAGAUCUACGACUUCCCUCCCUACCAAGGAUAUGUUGAUGCCCAUGCUCUCUGGCAUGCUGCCACUGUUCCCCUCACCUAUCUGUGGUGGAGCUUCGUCAAAGAUGAUGCGGAGUUCCGGACUUCGAACCUCAUCAACAAGGUUGAGUAAUGGCUUUCAUCAACAUUGCACUAGCAAACAGUUGAUUGUAUCAUUUUGAGUUCAUCCUAUAGCCAACACGUCCAUCCCUAUGUGAAUCAAACCAUAUUAUUUUUCUUGAUCUUACAAUCAUAUCUCUGAAAUGCUUUUAAGGGUUUGAAAGUUCACUUGAUGGGAAGGCUGCCUGUUGGAUUUUGAAUCCUAUAGCGAAAAUGAUCGGAUAUCAUAAGAAAAGAUGGGUUUCUAGGUU